CUAGAUAGCCACGUGACCUCGGUCUGCUGCCUGGACAGCAUGAAGCUAAACAUCGCUUUUCCUGCUACCGGCUGUCAGAAACGGCUAGAAAUUGAUGAUGAACAUAAACUACGCCCGUUUUUUGACAAACGAAUUGCAGCUGAAGUAGCCGCUGAUACACUAGGUGACGAGUGGAAUGGGUAUGUUCUCCGUAUUACAGGAGGCAACGACAAGCAAGGCUUUCCCAUGAAGCAGGGCAUCCUCAGCAAUACCCGUGUCCGCUUACUGCUCAAGAAGGACCACUCUUGCUUUCGACCUCGUCGCAAGGGAGAGCGCAAGCGCAAAUCAGUUCGUGGUUGUAUCGUCGACUCGAAUUUGAGCGUUAUCAAUUUAGUAGUGGUGAAGAAAGGAGAGGGAGAGAUACCUGGCCUCACAGAUACAACCAUACCACGACGUCUCGGGCCCAAGCGUGCAGGAAAGAUCCGCAAGCUGUUUAACUUGAGCAAAGAAGACGACGUGCGUCAGUACGUUAUUCGGCGUGAGCUACCAGCUAAAGAAGGGAAGAAACCACGCACUAAGGCUCCAAAAAUUCAACGGCUGGUCACACCGCAGAGACUACAAAGGAAACGACACAAGAAAGCAUUGAAGAAGCAGUGGGCCACUAAAGCACGAGAAGAUGCUGCAGCAUAUGCCAAGCUGCUUGGGCAGAGGGCAAAGGAGGCGAAAGAAAAGCGGGAUGCAGAGCAUAUGAAGAGACGGCGUAUGUCCAGCAUGAGAGAUGCAAAAUAACUGUAUAGCUCGUUCUGUGCUAACUAUGAUUAGUCAAUAAAGAAGGCAAUUGCCUUGAAAUUCA